UCGGAGGCGCCGCCGGGAGCUGCCACGUCCGAGGCCGGGAGCCACCGCCGCUGCAGCCAUGGUGUCAGUAAUUAACACUGUGGACACCUCCCAUGAGGACAUGAUUCACGAUGCCCAGAUGGACUACUAUGGCACCCGCCUGGCAACCUGCUCAUCAGACAGUCAUGAGGGACCAGUGUGGCAAGUGGCCUGGGCCCACCCCAUGUAUGGCAAUAUCCUGGCAUCCUGCUCCUAUGACCGAAAAGUUAUUAUCUGGAAAGAGGAAAACGGCACCUGGGAGAAGACGCACGAACACACAGGACACGACUCCUCAGUAAAUUCUGUGUGCUGGGCCCCCCAUGACUACGGCCUAAUCCUGGCCUGUGGGAGCUCAGAUGGGGCCAUCUCCCUGCUGACCUACACUGGGGAAGGCCAGUGGGACGUGAAGAAGAUCAACAAUGCUCACACUAUUGGCUGCAAUGCCGUCAGCUGUGCCCCUGCUGUUGUACCUGGAAGCCUCAUAGACCAGCCUUCAGGACAGAAGCCCAACUACAUCAAGAAAUUUGCCUCAGGCGGCUGUGACAACCUCAUCAAGCUGUGGAAGGAAGAAGAGGAUGGUCAGUGGAAGGAG